AUGGAUAUUGGGUAUCCUCCCAUGGGCAUAUGGACAAACAAACUGCACUCGGCAGUUUCACUCUGCGGUCAUAAACAAUCAAACGCUCUACAUCGAUGGUGGAUAAAUGCGAUCCGCGAUCUCCAAGCCAUCGAUCUCUCGCGGUCCUGGUCCAACUUCGACUCCAGCAUCUUCGUCUCCAUCCCCAAGCCGUACAACGAGUCCCAUCCCAGCGACUACCCUUCUGUUCUGAACAACGGCGCAUCCUUCUCCAACGGCACAGACCUCUUCUUCUACGGCGGCGAUAUCAGCGGGCGCAACGGCCCAGACGAGCCCCCAUCCCUCUCGACGUGGAAGUACAACAUCGCCAGCGAUGAGUGGAGUAAGGAGGGAUUCGGCGGGUCGUUUUUCAUGCGACUGAGCGUCAGCUUGACGGCACAGUUGGAUGUCGACAAUAAGGCGUAUUUUCUGGGCGGUUAUGUCACGCCUGGAGGGAACCCGUCGCUCUACGGAACAAAUGCCCCGAAUUACAUGGUUCGGGGGCUGUUGACGCUCGACCAAGAGACUCUGCAGUGGAGUAAUGAGUCGAGCAGGGCGGUGGGUACUUGGGGGACGAUCGCAGAUGGGUAUAUGAGUCUCAUUGAGUCGGUCGGGGAGCAGGGAGUGUUGGUGGCGUUUGGGGGUUUUCAAAGGCCUAUCGGGUUCUCGAUGCAUGGGCAUGUGCAGGACCAGAAGAGAGAAAGGUUGCAUAGUCCCAUGGAGAAUGUGACUGUGUAUGACAUCGCCAACUCCACAUGGUACACGCAGCCGACGACCGGCGAUAUCCCGAGCUGGCGAAUGGCCGGAUGCAGCGUGAUGAUGCCAGUCUUUUUCUAUAUCCGCAUCAAAGGUGGCAACGACCUGCGCGUGAAGCACCAGUGCAAAGUCAUCGGACAUCAUAUGUUAGUUGUCGGAGGCACUGUUCCGACCGACGACAGCGAGUACGAGCCAAAGCCGGGCAGUUGUGACCAGGGCACGUUCGCGAAUGGCAUCGGGAUCUUCGAUCUGAACCACCAUAAUUGGCGCAGCGAUUAUGAUGCGGGCGACAUGGAAAAAUACACUCUCGGACCGAAGAUCACCGAUGUAAUUGGCGGAAAUACCACCGGCGGCGCAACAGUCUCCGAACCUCAAGAUGGUUUCAUCAGCGACAACCUUCAAGCCAUCUUCGCAAAGCGGAAUAAUCGAACAUCGACCGCAUCUCCAAACUCAUUACCCACCUCCACUUCAUCGUCGACCUCCACUUCCACCUCGUCCCCAGGAUCAAGCCUCUCUGGCGGCGCUAUCGCGGGAGUCGUCGUCAGCGUCGUAGCAGGCGUGUCUGCCGUCCUGGGGAUGGCUUUCUUCUUCAUCCGAUCCAAACGAAAGCGUAACUCUACUACGACAGGAGAGCUUCCGCCGGGAACUGUUCCACAACACCCUAGCGAGCCAGUGGGAGCUCAUCUGUCAGAGGUCCAUGGGUCGCCGAAAGUCGUGUAUGAGAUAGAAGGCUCAACGGUGGGGACUGAAUUGAUGGACGAGAGGGAACCUAAACCGGUCGAAAUCGAUGAUAGUAGACGGGACAUGGGUGGGACAGAACGGCGGUCCUGGUCAGUUCUUGACAAGUGA